GAAUCUGAACGCGAACAGUCUAAAUCGGAAAGUGACAGCGUAUCAGAAGAGUCAGAGCAAAGCCGAUCACCUGCUAGUGGAGAGAAAAGAAGCAAACAAAAAUUUCGACCGCGCGACGACAAUGAAACCAUAAACGAAAUCCAGAGCAACUGGGGUGCUGUUCAAGCGAAAACACCACCCAGAAAAGGAACACCAAGAGGAAAAGGUCAACCAGGACAACCAGCCGGCGCACCAGUUCAGAUACCUGGAUGGCCACCACCUGCUGGAGGAAGACCUCCGGGAGGAGGAAGGCCAGGCGGUUGGCCGCCAGCCGGUGGCCAACCAGGUUGGCCCCCAGCAGGCGGUCAACCAGGCUGGCCUCCAGCUGCAGGUGGUGGUGGACAGCCAGUAUGUUUCAGUUUGGAUUCGUCUGAGAACGAGCCGGUCGCCGAAAUGAAACGCCUGAUGAUUUUCCUCUUGUUCUUGUUGGUCGUCCCAACAUUAACAGACCUGAAACCUCAAUAUUCGAAGAAGCAGUGCUUGAAAGAAUGUGGCCACUAUAAAAAGAAAUAUACUGGACAGAAAUCUGAUGAAGAUGUGACGAAAAUGGACUGCUCCAAGGCUUGCGAUGAAUUCAUACGGGCGGUUUUCGGAAAGGACCUCCCAGAAUAG